AUGCCAUUCAACUUCAAGGGACUUCCUAAGGAGGUUCGAGCCAUGGUAUCUCAGCUCGAACUGGAGCUCCAGUUCGAUAACGAGCUUCCAGCCCUUCUGGUGGCUUUGGCCCCCGACAAACAGCUUUUUAAAGAGGCGCUUCACCUCUUUAAGAAGAUUAAUGCCAAUGUCACCGAGGAGAAUGAGGCAGAAUUCAAGCGGAAGCGCAUGUUUGAACUCUUGCAUAUCAAGUAUCUCAAGCUUGACUCGGGUCCACACUCGCCCGGUGAAUCUCCCAAACCCCACUUGAGUCUUAAGGCCCAUAAGGUACAGCUGCGAAAUAACUUCUCGACCAUUCGUAUCGAUUGUUCGCUUGAGGAGACCCCACCCAGAGAGAUGUUUUGUUUUCUGUCUGGAUUGGUCCGCGCAUCGUCAUCAAUCACCAAAAUCAUGGUUCGAUACCGUACUACCAACCCGCCUGGCUACGACAACAAUCGUCGCGACGCCGUCUAUCGACUUGCUCGCGAUCUCCAUGUAACUGAAGUACUGCAGGUGGUGAAUGGGUACAAUAUCUGGACCUUCGAGGCGGCGAAUGGAAGCAUGUUGGAAUGGUUUGGUUCCCCACUCCUGCGGCUCACUACUGCUGCUACGGGCCAGACUUGA